GGUACUUAUUUUACCCCGCAGUACUAUAAUACCAGGUUAAAUUUGCUCAGCAAGGCAGCAUGUUGCAAACGUUUGGGUUAAUUUAUUCGAUGUUCUUUGUAUCAUGCCUGCAUUGUUUAGUAUCUGGUGAUUGUCAAUCUAACACAAAUCAAGUUCAAAUAUGCGCUCCGAUCUCCAGUUUUACCCCAAUACCCGGGAAUAGCGGAGAUUUCUUUUCUCAACUAAACGGGAGAGCAGCGGGGAGUCGGGGUAAGGCUGGCCCCAAAGGCGAAAAGGGAAGUCGCGGACCACCCGGGCUCGAAGCAGACAAUGAAUGCAACUGUAAUCAAGAAUUGGAACGUCUUCGGAAUGAAAUUCGAGAGUUAAAGUAUGGCUGUCCACACAUCAUGUUCAACUUUCCCCGAUUGAACCAGAUCACAGAUUAUGUUCGGUAUCGACCCUACUUUCCUCGCCUAUCCUCAGCUACAAUAUGCAUGUGGGUACGCACAUCUGAUUUCACACAUAACUGCUUGCUUAGUUACGCGAGCAGUGACUCCCGUAACAAUGAAAUGGUUAUAAUGCUGGAAGCCGCAACAAGGAUUGACUUUUAUUUAUACAAUUCAAGGCAAAAAAUAUUCAGAAUUCCAUCCAUGAUGAAUCAAUGGACACAUCUAUGCUUUUGGUUCUCCACCGCAACCUCGCAACUAGGAAUGUACGUUAACGGAACUAGUUUAGGAAGCUUUCGAUACCCGGGUAGCAAUAUAGCAGGUGGUGGGACGUUGAUAAUUGCUCAGGAACAAGACGGGGUCAAUGCUGGUGGAUUGGAACGUUCUCAGGCAUUUAGUGGCCAAAUAUCAAGUCCGAUAAUUUGGCAGCGCGUACUGAACUCGUCGGAGAUUUUGGACGUCACGCAACGCUGCAUUUGCCCACGUGACCACGCAAUAACCAUGACGAUGGACAAUGUUGAGUUGCAUGGAGCAACACAAUAUGAAAUGCCGGAUUGCUUGGUAGUGUAAAGUGCGAACACAUAAAUCUUGUAUGGGAGGGACAUUGACUUUGGGAGCAUUGAGAUAUCAUUCUGUAUAAAUAUUGCUUUGUGGGGAGAAGCUUAAUAUUUGCUAUCGGUAGCUGGCGCGGUGGAGCAAGCUGUACAUAAUGCUAUAUUUUACGAGACUUGCACAGAGUCAAAUUAUUUUAACAACUUUUGUUUGGGAAUUUUUUGUAUACGAAGGACCAGGUUUAACGCAUUCGUGCGUGUAAGUGCAUUUACAUAUUUACAUGCUUGCAAACUUGGUGGGCCGCUUUAAAUACUGAGUUCUUUCAUCUGGUAUUAAUAUUCAAUGUUAUAUAUAUAUGUAAAGAUUUAUUUUGGAACAUAAUAUCCAAAUAUCCCGAUCGUGUUUUAAACAAUUAACAACGGUCUAUGGGAGUUAUAGGGAAACAGUUUUAUAAUUCUUUAAAUGUUUUUUUUGUGUACUACAAAAUGGGACGAGAAAACAGAAUGAAAAGGUGUCCCAUCUUCUCCCACCCUACUAUAUGCAACAUAAAUAGCAUCAGCUUUAUAAUAUAUUAAAACAUCUCUUCACCUUUGCAUUGCAUUCGUUGCGACGUAUUCCGGUCCAAACGGGAUUAUAUUGGCAUCGCAUUUACGUCGAUUGGAAUUACACAUUUAGAAGGCAGUUAUUCGACAACUGCAUUGAGCA